AUGUGCCAGGGUGGUGACUUCAUAUGCCAUAAAGGCACUGGUGGCAAGUCCAUCUAUGGGGAGAAUUUUGAUGAUGAGCAUUUCAACCUUAAGCAUAUGGGUCCUGGCAUCUUGUCCAUGGCAAACGUUGGCCCCAACACAAAUGAUUCCCAGUUUUUCAUCUGCACUGUCAAGACUGAUUGCUUGGAUGGCAAGCAUGUGGUCCUUGGCAAGGUGAAAGAGGGCAUGAAUAUUGUAGAAGACAUGGAGUGCCUUGGAUCCUGGAAUGGCAAGAUCAGCAAGAUCACCAUUACUGACUGUGGAUAG